AUGUCCAACUCAGGAACGACUCUAUACCUGGCUGACUUGGACACCACCUGCCGGUUCCUCCGCCUGCCACAGAUUUUUUCCACCUGCAUGUCCUUCUCCCUGGUGGCCGACAUGGGCAUUCACAGGGGGUACAUAGGUAACUGGUUUAUGUUCAUCUGGUGCUUCUGUUGUGCGGUGACCCUCAUUAUCCUCACAGUUGAGUUACGUAGGCUCCCAUCCGAGUUUCCUUUCUUCUGGUACUUAUCCAACACCUACGCCUGCUACUCUGCCCUCCUCUGUCUCUCGGCCUCUGUCAUCUACUCCAUCACCUACAUCCAGUUCCUGCCUUAUGGUCCUUACUGGGACCGGGCCAUUGCUGCUACUGUGUUCUCCUGCAUCGCAUCUGUGUUUUAUGCCAUGGAACUGGUAAAAAUGUGGGAGCGCUGCAAGAUCUACAAGACCACCUGCUAUGUGCUCACCAUGCCAGGCCUGCUGAAGGUACUGGAGACCUUCAUGGCCGGCAUCAUCUUCUCCUUCAUCAUCAACACCUCCCUGUACCUGCACCAGCCGGCCCUGGAGUGGUGUGUGGCCGUGUACUCCAUCUGCUUCAUCCCAGCGGCACUGGCCAUCCUGCUGAACCUGGGCGAAUGGGAAUACAGGCUGCCUGGGCCCUUCCCCCUCUUCCAACUUGUGCUCACCUUGCUCUCCGUCCUCCUCUACAUCAGCGCUCUGGUCCUCUGGCUGCUCUACCAGUUCAAUGAGGAGUUCGGCGGACAUCCUCAGCGGUCUAGUGAUGAGCACUGCGGGGACGAGCUCACCUACGACAUGUGCACCUGGGACCAGAGACUGGCUGUGGCCGUCCUGACAGCCAUCAACCUGCUGGCUUACGUGGCCGAACUGGUGUACUGGGCCCGCCAGGUCUCUGUGAAGACUAAGGCUCUGCCCAGGGUCUCCUGA